GUUUGGAUAUGGCCAUUCUUUGAUUGCGUUAACGGUGAGGGGAGAAUGGGGAAAUGUUUAAAUACAUCAGGUCAUUAAAACAUUAGGUAUUGGCUUUGCCCAAACGGUGUAGUUAGCUAGCGGUUACAUAACUGUUAGCUAGGUAACGUUUCAUCAUCAGACAGAUACAUUUUUAGCUUGGUACUGUUGGCUAGCUAAUAGCUCCUGCGAACUAAUUUGAAGCUCUGCUCAAACAGAGUCGACGAAGGAGUAAAACGACGAUAGUUUUCUAUUUGGUGACCUCACAAGGGAUUCCACAGAUGACCUCACAAGGGAUUCCACAGGUGACCUCAAAAGGGAUUCCACAGGUGACCUCACACGGGAUUCCACUGUUCUGGUGACAGGAAGAAGAUCGGACCCUGAAAUAACUUGUCUUUGACAGAGACUCAUAAUGCAGCACUUCCCGAGGCUCCCAGUGUGGCAGGAGAUAUAGGAGACGUGUGAAUACACAGGCGAGAGACACACCUCACACUAGUGAGGCUCCAUUCAAUAGCAAGUUGUUAUUUUUACAACAAACAAACAAAAACAUUCCAACUCUGCUGAGACAAAAUGAGUUCUGAGAAGGAAGCGUUGAUGGAUGAAAUCGAAAAGAGUUUAUGGAAUUUAACUGUGGACAAUUUACGCUACCUGUGUGAACGUUGUGGAAUGGAUGGCCCUGAAAUUAAAGGGAUGAAUCAUCGCUUAUUAAGGCGUAAAGUCAUGGAGGAAAUGUGGGACAAGACGGAGUCAAUGAAAUCAGAGGAGCAGGGAAUGUCUUGGUUAGUCCAACUGAAAGAGGACAUCAGGAGGAUACAGGAGGAGGGUAGCACUGCACUCAUGAGUCCCGGCCAAUCAGAUGAUGUAGACCGCAAUGAAGAACACAACAAGGGGGACAGGGAUUGGUUGCCGAGCAACAGACUGACAGAAGAGCCCUUGCAUCCCAGCCAAUGUGAUGAUGAUGAUGAUGCUGUCGACUGCGAUGAAGAAUGGAAUGAAGAGGGAGGAGCUGGGUUGCUUAGCAACACACCAGACCAGAGUAAAUUAAAGAGGCACGUCAGAUCGCACACUGUUAAACAACACACAGUGAAUCCCUCAGUGAAACCUCACCACUGCUCGGAUUGUGGGAAACAGUUCAUUGUAAAAUCAAGCCUUAAACAUCACCGGCUAGUUUUUCACACAGAUCACCCUCACCGCUGUGGUCAAUGUAAGAAGAGCUUCAUAACUGCAGCAAGACUGGAAUCACACAUUAAGACACAACACCCGCCAAGUGAUCCUCUGAAGAACCCACAUGUGUGCUCUAAAUGCGGUAGGGCAUUCCCUGUGGCUGCCAGUCUUAAGAGACACCUGAGAACUCAUACUGGGGAGAAACCGUACGUCUGCCCCCAGUGUGGAAAGGACUACAGUGACUGUGGAAACUUGAGGAAACACAUGAGAAGAACUCACCCAGUAGAGGAGAUGGUUGUGGAGAGUUUGGCUACUCAGAGGAGCAUCCCUACAGGGAAUGUGGAGGAAAUGCAGGACAAUACGGAGCAGGGGUCACUCCAACUGAAAGAGGACCUCAAAGGGAUACAGGAGAAUGGUAGCGUUGUGCCCAUGAGUCCCGGCCAAUCCGAUGACGACGAUGAUGCUGCAGACUGCAACGUUAAGGACAGGGAUUGGUUGCCUAGCAACGGACUGAAGGCGGAGCCCAUGAGUCCCGGCCAAUCCGAUGACGAUGGUGCUGAUGACGACGAUGAUGAUGACGAUGAUGCUGCAGACUGCAACGUUAAGGACAGGGAUUGGUUGCCUAGCAACGGACUGAAGGUGGAGCCCAUUAGUCCCAGCCAAUCCGAUGACGCUGUAGACUGGGACGAGGAGGACAGGGAUUGGAUGGCUAGCGAUGGGCUGGAGGUGGAGUUGUCUCCAGAGAGACACACACUAGAGCAGAGAGUGAGAGAGGACAAACCUCCCCCGCCCCCCUUUGCCCUCCCAGAGUCCCCGGUAGCGGUCCCCGGUGCCUCUCCCGGUAGCGCCUUACUGCAGAGUCAGAAGAGGGUGUCUGUGCGGCUGGUCGACUGCAGGAAGACACCGGGGCAGAGGAGCCAUAUAAUACACAAGACAACACAGACGGGAGAGAAACCCCACAGCUGGUCUAAUGCUGAACAACACAAACCCCUCUCAGGAGACAGGCCUGGCUCCCAUAUCUGUGAUCACUGUGGGAAGAAUUUUGUCACAGCUACCAAUCUGAAAACACAUUUACUGUGUCUGUCUGGAGAGAAACCACACGUCUGCUCUGAAUGCGGGAAGAGUUUCACACAGGCCGGCUGUCUUAAGAGACACCUGAGAACUCAUACUGGGGAGAAACCGUACGUCUGUCCUCGGUGUGGGAAGGCUUGUACUGAUUCUGGAGACUUAAAGAGACACAUCAGAAAAACUCACCCAGGAGAGGAGGUCAUUGUGAAGAGACUUGCCUAUCAGAAGAGCGUUCGUAAUGAAUACAAACAAGCCCACUCCGGAGAUGGCUCUCAUAUCUGUGAUCACUGUGGGAAGAAUUUUGCCACAGCAAGAAGUCUAAAACUACACUUACAGUCCCUGCAGAGAAGGAGAGAGAACUUGACUGCAGAGAAAGCUCAUGUGUGCUCUGAAUGUGGAAAGGGCUUCCAUCAGGCUGGAAGUCUUAAGAGACACCUGAGAACUCAUACUGGGGAGAAACCGUACGUCUGCCAUCAUUGUGGGAAGGCUUGCAGUGAUUCUGGAAACUUACAGAAACACAUCAAAAGUCACAUGGGUAAACAACACACAGUGAAACCUUACCUCUGCUCCGAAUGUGGGAAACAGUUCAUUGGAAAACAAAGCCUUGAACAUCACCGGGAGGUUUUUCACACAGAUCACCCUCACCGCUGUGGUCAAUGUAAGAAGAGCUUCAUAACUGCAGCAAGAUUGGAAUCGCACAUAAAAACACGACACCCGCCAAGUGAUCCUCUGAAGAAUCCACACGUGUGCUUGGAAUGUGGAAGGGGAUUCCCUGUGGCCGCCAGUCUUAAAAGACACCUGAGAAUUCAUACUGGGGAGAAACCGUACUCCUGCCCUCAGUGUGGAAACAGUUACAAUGAUCGUGGAAAUUUAAAGAAGCACAUCAGAACUCACACAGAAGAGAAACCCUACCACUGCUCGGUGUGCGGGAUGAAGUUCCGUCAUACAAAAACAUUACAACGGCAUCACCAGGAGAACCACAAGGGGGAGACACUGGGUCCCAUCCACAGGCACCAAGAUCCUCUUCCAUGCCUCCACUGCGGGGAGGAGUUCUCAUCCAAGGCUCUUCUGAAGGAUCAUCUACGGACCCACUCUAGCCGGGUUCACUGCUCCCGAUGCGACAAGACCUUCUCCACUAAAAGUAACUUACUGGUUCAUCAGCGGAUACACACUGGAGAGAGGCCUUACCUUUGCCCUCAGUGUGGGAAGAGUUUCUCUCUGGCAGGGAGUUUAAAACUGCAUCUCCGGAUUCAUGCGGGUGAGAAACCUUACUGCUGUACUUACUGUGACAAGAGAUUCACAAGUAAGAGUCACUGCAAUCUUCAUCUGCGAAUCCACACUGGAGAGAAACCGUACCAAUGCCCUGACUGCGGGAGGUGUUUCGCUGACGGGAAUGUCCUGAAAAACCACCGGCGGACCCACACAGGAGAGAAACCGUUCCAGUGCCGCUUGUGUGAUAAAGCCUUCGCUCAGUUGAGCAGUCUGAAGAAACAUCAGGAGACACACAGGCAAACUCAGCCUGUCUCUGUCCCAAGACUCCCUAAUCCCUACCCACCACCCAAUCAGCAUGUCCCUUAUCCCUACCCAUCACAGAUUCAAUGGUAACCUGGUUUACACCUUACCAAGUUGUCCGGUGUCCUGUUACCUGGUAACCUAUCUGUUACCUGGUAACCUAUCUGUUACCUGGUAACCUAUCUGUUACCUGGUAACCUAUCUGUUACCUGGUAACCUAUCUGUUACCUGGUAACCUAUCUGUUACCUGGUAACCUAUCUGUUACCUGUCCCAGAUAGGAAGGAUGCAUUUCUAACGUAUUGGGACAGGAACCCUAGACUCAGUCUGUCCCAAAACCCAACCUGCCAUGCACUCAGUGAAUGCUAAGCUUGCUUAAACCUGUCCAUUCCCUUGUAGAUAACUAGAUGGAAAUGAAUUGAAGGAUCCAUUUUCUUUCUUUCUUUUAAUUUGUUAUGAUUUUAUUGAGGCAGGUUUGCAGUCAUUGAGGAUUGAUAUGCUGUAUAUAGAGCUUGGAAUAGAAUGGUAUUUUGUCCAUCUGUCUCAAAAUAAUUAUUUUGCUCAAAGUUCAUAUUUUAUCUCCAGAGUUUUUGUUUUCACAGUUGAUAUUUGGAUAUGUUGUUCAUUUUAAAAAGUGUUUAAAAAAUUCAUGGCCGAACCUCAACUGGUGGAAAUAGUGAAAAUUAGUGAUUUGACUUGAAAACUGGCAGUAAAUCCUCAAAAUGGCAUUGUAAUUCCGCGAGAACACUAAAAUGUUGCCAAAUUAAAGAACAGCAGCGUGUAGUGUGUAUAUGGUCUACAUACAUAACCAGUCAAAAGUUUUAGAACACCUACUCAUUCAAGGGGUUUUUCUUUAUUUGUACUAUUUUCUACAUUGUAGAAAAAUAGUGAAGACAUCAAAACUAUGAAAUAACACAUAUGGAAUCAUGUAGUAACCAAAAAAGUGUUAAAACAAAUCUAAAUAGAUUUUAGAUUCUUCAAAGAAGCCACCCUUUGCCUUGACGACAGCUUUGUGAUAGGAGAAAACUGAGGAUGGAAGCAUUUGGAAAAGCUCCAGUGCCCUCCACUAAUAUUGGCACCCUUGGUAGAUAUGAGAAAAACGGGUUGUGAAAAAAAAGUUGAUUGUUUAUCCUCUUGGUCUUUCAUUCAAAAUAGUCACAAAAAUCGAACCUUUAAUUAAAGUAAAAUCAUUGAAAGAAAAAAUUAAUUCUAAUCAUAAAACAAAUAUUUUCUCAAAUAUAUGUGUGACACAAUUAUUGGCACCCCUUCAUUCAAUACUUUGUGCACCCGAUCUGAGUCUUCUCCUAUAAUGGGUAAAGAGGUUAGAGAGAACAUGGCAAGGGAUCUGAGACCAUUCCUCCAUACAGAAUCUCUCCAGAUCCUUCAGAUUCCCAGGUCCACGCUCGUAGACUCUCCUCUUUAACUCAUCCCACUGGUUUGCUAUGGGGUUUAAGUCAGGGGACUUGGAUGGCUAUGGCAAAACCUUGAUUAUGUGGUCAGUGAACCAUUUUUGUAUUGAUUUUGAGUUGUGCUUUGGAUCAUUGUCCUGCUGGAAGAUCCAACCAAGGCCCAGUUUAAGCUUCCUAGCAGAGGCAGUCAGGUUUUGAUUUAAUAUCUGCUGGUACAUGAGGGAGUCCAUGAUACCAUGUAUCCUAACAAUUAGUCCUGGGCCUUUGGAAGAAAAACAGGCCCAGAACAUCAAAGAGCCACCACCAGACUUCACAGUGGGGAUGAGGUACUUUCUGCAUGGAAAUCUUUCUGUCUACGCCAAGCCCACCUCUGGUGAUUGUUUCCAAAAAGCUCUAGAACCUGGUCUAGAACCAUAGAACCCAGUCCCACUGAAAGUUCCAGUAACGUUUGGCCAACUGUAGGCGCUUGAGUUGUUGUUUGAUGACAGCUGUUGUUUGUGGUUUCAUGGCAACCCUCCCAAACAUCUUGUGGUUAUGUACAGUAGGUGGCGUCUGAUCGUAGUUUUGGAGACUUUCUGACCCCAAGACCCAACUAACGUCUACAUUUCUCCAGCUGUGAUCCUUGGACAUUUUUGAGCCACUCGAACCAUCCUCCUCACUGUGUGUGGGGUCAAUAUAGAAACACGUCCUCUUCCAGGCCGAUUUGUUAACAUCUCUAGUUGCUUUAAACUUCUUAAUUAUCGCCCUGAUAGUGGAAAUGGGCAUUUUCAACCGUUGAGCUAUUUUCUUAUAGCCAUUUCCUGAUUUGUGCAGCUCGACAACCUUUUGUCGCACAUCAUUACUGUAUUCUCAGGUCUUUCCCAUAGUGUUGGAUGACUAUGGGAACUUGGCCUCUGUGUCACCUCAUAUUUAUACCCCAGUGAAACAGGAAGCUUACCACUUAAGUGUUCCUAAUCACUCAGGUUAUCUUAAAUGUAGCAUAUGAAUGGGAAUAUACUUCAGUUAGAUUUUACUCAUAAGAAUUUCUAGGGGUGCCAAUAAUUGUGGCACACGUUUUAGAGAAAAAUAUAUAAUUAAUUUAUUGCAUGUUUUUUUCCAAUCAUUUUACUUCAAUUAAAGGUUUGAUUUUUGUGAAUGUUUGAAUGAAAGACCAAGAGGAUAAACAGCCAAUAAAUGUUUUUCACAGCCCGUUUUGCUCAUAUUUACCAAGGGUGUCAAUAUUAGUGGAGGGCACUGUAUGAACCUUUGGUCCUGAAUACAAACUGUUAUGUUUGGGGGAAAUCCAAUACAACACAUUAAUGAGUACCACUCUCCAUAUUUUUAAGCACAGUGGUGGCUGCAUCAUGUUAUGGGUAUGCUUGUAAUCGAUAAGGACUGGAGUUUAAGAAUGGAGCCAAGCACAGGCAAAAUCCUAGAGGAAAAUCUGGUUCAGUCUGCUUUUCACCAGACACUGAUAGAUGAAUACACCUUUCAGCAGGACAAUAACCUAAAACACAAGGCCAAAUCUACACUGUAGUUGCUUACCAAGAAGACAGUGAAUGUUCCUGAGUGGCUGAGUUACAGUUUUGACCUAAACGUAUAUGAAGAUCUAUGGCAAGACCUGAAAAUGGUUGUCUUGCAAUGAUCAACAACCAAUUUGACAGAUUUUGAAGAAUUUUGAAAAGAAUAAUGGGCAAAUGUCGCACAAUCCAGGUGUGGAACGCUCUUAGAGACUUACCCAGAAAGGUGCUACUACAAAGUAUUGACACAGGGGUAUGAAUACUUAUGUAAACAAAAUAUUUCAGUAUUUUAAUUUUCAAACAAUUUGAACACAUUUCUAAAAACAUGUUUUCACUAUGUGUAAUCUAUGCAUCUAUAUGUCAUUUUAUGAAUAGACAAGUAAAAAAACAUGGUAGGACUCAUACCGGUAACAAAUUGAAUUUCACCCCUGGUCCUAGGUACAUGAUGCCUUGUGUUGUCUUUAUCAUGUCCACCUAAUAAACAGGUGAUUGUUGAUAA